UAACAAUAAUCGCGACAAUAACGAUAAAGUCGGUAAUAUUGGGCUGCGCGCUGAAAGUGAAGAGGAACUAAAGUUCGCUGAAGUUAGCCGAGUGCGUUAGCAUUGCAAGCUAACUCUGACUAGCACCAACUGGGAGUGCACGAGCCGAGUGCUUUAGUUUGCCUGUGUGAAAACAAACUUGUUUUUAUAGAAAGAGUGAAGAGACGGUGAGACACUAUGAGCAAGGAACCUCAGAGUAUAGAGCUUGGUGUGAAGAAACCAGCCAGUUUCGAGGGCAGCAAGAUGGCCGACAUGUCGGUGGAGGAGAUGACCAUGAGGGCGAAUCAAGUGACUGAUGAGUCUCUUGAGAGCACCAGACGGAUGCUGCAACUGGCCGAGGAGACCAGAGAGACGGGAGGGAAAACCAUGGUCAUGUUGGAUCAGCAGGGAGAACAACUGCGGCGUGUGGAUCAGGGCAUGGACCAGAUCAAUCAGGACAUGAGAGCGGCUGAGAAGAACCUGACCGACCUGUCGAAGUGCUGUGGCCUGUGUGUCUGUCCCUGUGAUAGAGUGAGCUCUAUUGAGAAUGACAGCCGGUACAAGCGCACCUGGGCCUCUGGAAGUGAUAAUGCCAGCGCAGAGGGAGGCGACGGAGGCGUGGUCUCCAACCAACCAAGCAGCCAGCGCAACGGCCAGACAACAGCAGCUUCCGGGCCCUAUAUAAAGAGAGUAACAAAUGAUGCACGUGAAGACGAGAUGGAGGAGAACUUGGAUCAGGUCGGCAGCAUCAUUGGAAAUUUAAAGAACUUGGCCAUGGACAUGGGUAAUGAGAUCGACAAACAGAACAAGGUUAUUGACCGCAUCAACGAUAAGGCGGACAUGAAUAAAGCUCGCAUUGAUGAAGCCAACCAGAGAGCUAACAAGCUCCUGUAGAGAAGCGAUUUCAACGGAUGUGAACAAGCAGCUUCUCUUUCUUCAUCUCUCUAUUUCUCUCUCUUCCCUUAUCGUGAACGCAUACAAGCACCUAUUCAUUUGAAAGGCAAAGCUUUAGAAGUGUUCUUCAGUGCCACCUGUGCCUUUGUCAUUGUUUGAUGCUAUUUUGUAAAUAAAACUACACACACACACACACACACACACACACACACACACACACACACAAGACUCACACACACUGCCUCAAUCAGGUCUUUAUCACUAGAUGUGAGAGAGAUGAUGCUGGACACAGCGUGUAAUGCAAUAUGCUCUGGUCAUCGCUGUCCUGACUUUCUGUAAUAUUCUCAGCGGGAGGUGCUGUUUAAGCGGAACGCGCUCUCCUUUACUGCGUAAGCGUUUAUUACUUUUUGGACCAGAGACCCGAGUUUGGUGUUUCCACACUUCUGUGUGUAUUUGCUUCAUGUAGGUGGUAAUCUGAAUUUAGACGAACCCAGUCGUACUUAGGGUCAUUAUAUAAUUGUUUACUUGUUUUAUCCAUCUGUUUGUUCUUGAUUGUAUCUGUAUUUAAUUAUAAAAUGGCAGUGAACUUUAAAAAAAAAAAAAAAAAUGAAUGAAGUCGUGUGUUAAUGUCCCACUGGCACACCAUGUUCUUGUUAAAAAAAGACUUGAGUGUUAAAAGAAAAAACAAAAAAAAAGUUUGCACACACAUACACACACUAGGCAUACAAAAAGAAAAAUCUAUAGUUAUGUCACCAUAUAUUAUUGCACAUAUCGUCAUUUUAAUAAAGCAACAAUUGUGCCUUUAGAUUUAAAUAGUUUGUCCUUGUUUUAAACUUAUUGAUUUAGACCAGCAGGGGGCAAUGUUGGUCCUGUCUGGAGCUUUGACAUUGUAAAGCUAUAGCUUCUUUUUGAUUUUAAUUUUUUCCCAACUUAUUAUUAAAUUACAUUUCCAUAUCACCUUGGACAUAUUAACCUGGUUUAUUCAAAAAGAAAAAAAGGAUUUAGAAAGGAAAUGCCAAUUCUUUCUCCUUAUUCAUACCUACUUGUUAUCCAUGAUUGUACUUUGUAUAUAGUUUUAAACCUAAAUGUUAUUCCGUUACACUUGUUCUGCAAAACUCUGUCACUUUCUCAACUAUUAUGAAAACAGUCGCCCCUUGUUAAUUAAUAAAAUUUAAGGCAAUCUUAA